UAUAUGUAUUAUAUAUGGUUGCACUUGUAGUGCAAGCACAUGACGUCUCAUAACUCAUUUGAUGGUUGGAGCUGGAAUGUUGAUAUUCAAUCUAUUAAAUGUUUUGUUGAUCAAUUACCAAUUGGAAUUAUUACGGGUCUUCUGUAUUGUCGAAUGUUGUUAACCGUAACUGCUAACAAAUAUGUUAAUAUUUUAAUAUCGUGCUAUAAUUUGUAGUCGUAUUAACUCCGAGAUUUUUAAUAUGAACGCACAAGAAAUGAUGACUGAAUUCAAAUUCAGUAUGUUGGAAGGUAAAAUAGAUAGUCGUAUUUUAAAAAGCUUGUCAUCCCUGGGAUUAGAAAGCCCUACACCCAUCCAAGCAAAAACUUUACCGUUUAUGCUACUUGGCGAAGACAUAAUAGGCGCUGCAAAGACUGGAAGUGGAAAAACAUUAGCAUUUUUAAUACCCGCCGUAGAAAAAUUAAUCAACUUAGGAUUCACUAAGAAAAAAGGUGUAGGUUGUUUAAUUAUUUCACCAACAAGAGAAUUAGCACUUCAAACAAAUGAGGUUUUAAAGAAACUACUGACUAAUAUUAAACUAACACACUGUUUGAUUGUUGGUGGUGAAAAAAAAUUGAAAGAAAUAGUGUUAUUACAAAAAGGUGUUAAUAUCAUUGUUGGAACACCAGGGCGGAUAUUAGAUCAUUUAGAAAAUACUGAAAAUUUUAACUGUAAGCAUUUAAAGUGCCUUAUCUUAGAUGAAGCGGACAAAUUACUUGAGGCUGGUUUUGAGAAACAUAUUGUAGGAAUUAUUCAAAAACUUCCAAAAAAUAGACAAACCAUCUUGUUCAGUGCAACAAUAGAUGACAGAGUAGAAAGCUUAGCGAGGAUGACCUUAAAAAGUAAUCCCAAAGUUAUAGAUAUAAAGGAUGAUAAGCAAUCCACAGUUAUGGGUCUUCAACAGGGGUAUUGCAUCUGUCCAGUUGAAAAUAGAAUAUGUUGGUUGUAUAAAAUGCUUAAAAAGACUAGAAAAAUGAAAGUAAUGGUGUUCUUUUCAUCUUGUAAAUCUGUUGAUUUCCAUUACGAAUUUUUCAAAACACAUUGUAAAGCAUCAGUACUGAGUAUACAUGGUAAACAAAGCCAACCGAGAAGAAAAGAUGCUUAUCAAACUUUCAUCAAAGCUGAUAAGGGAGCUCUUUUUUGUACAGAUGUAGCUGCAAGAGGCUUGGAUAUUCCAUCGGUGGAUUGGAUAGUUCAAUAUGACCCUCCAACAGACAUGAAGGAUUACAUACACAGAGUUGGAAGGACGGCAAGAGGUGUAAAUAAUAAUGGUAAUGCAGUUAUAUUAAUAAGACCAGAAGAAGAAGAUUUUAUUCAAUAUUUGAAAAGAGAAAAAGUUUAUUUAGACAGGUAUAAUUUUGGUGACACUUCCGCAGAUGUUCAAAAAAUGUUGGAAGACCUUAUAAAACAGGAUGGUACUAUGAAAGUUUUAGCACGGAAAGCAUAUCUUUCAUUUCUGAGAUGCUACAAUAAACAUCCACUCAACAAAGUUUUUAAUAUUAAAAAUCUGAAUUUAAAAAUGGCGGCUAAAGCCUUCGGUUUUAUGGACCAACCGCAUGUAGAUUUUUUGAAAUCUAGGAAAAGCAGCUGAAUGAUAAAGAAUUGAAAUGUUUUUUGAAGUAUCCUAUUUUGUUUCAUAAAUAAAACAGUGUUAACCAUCA